AUCCUUUGACGAACCAGGCAUCGGCUUGAAUCAACGAGCUCCCAGCAGCUGGCUCAGACACGCUAGCUCACUCACUGCGGUACGGUUGUUCACCUACAUUGCCGUGGUGACUGAGCAUCCUCCGCCGCGUUUGAAAGCCGUCGUUUUGACACAACUUCAGCCCGCGACUUGUGUCACCUUCUCGCUCUUCACGCCCUUCGCUUCCGCACAAACUUUUGCCACAAUACCGCCUUCCAUCGAAACGCUCUCACGUUCCUCCUCGACCUCCAACAUCACUGAGCCUCAAUACGUCCAGCACGCAUCACAGCGUGCCACCUCAAGAUGUCAGCGGCAUCAGGCGGAGGCGGUCGCUCUGUGCUUACAGAGACGGCUGCAUCUUACCUGGCCAAUCAUAUCUUCUUACCACCACGACUGCCUCAAAAGAGCGACUACGAUCCAGACCUCGAUACAGUCUUGAUCCAGGCAACCCUGACAGGCCUCCGAGCUUUUCGGGAGUGGAUGGAGGAUGGCGAGAGUAAACUCAUCGACCAAGCUCUCCGCAUGGUGGUGGGAAUGCAAAGAGUUCAUUGCAAUGGACAUAUCAUGGAGAGCGAGCUUCGAAAUGCAAGGGACGAUCUGAUCGAGAAUGGCAUCCCGAUCCCGCUACACAUCCGUGCACAGAAUGCCGGAGUUCUCAUCAGUAAAGAGCCAGACCAUAUCAGAAUCGAUACCUUCGAGCUCUCGCCUCUUAACAAUGCGGUCAUGACGACAAAAGGCCGCCUGCUUCGCUCUUUUCCGGGAGCUGCUGUGGCCAUGGACCUGAACGACUUCCGCCAGCCAGAAUUCCAAGCCACCAUCGUCCAAAUGCUCUCCAACAUGAGCAGUGAGGCAGUUGGGGGAAUGCAGGCUCAAGCGAAAAAGGCGGGUGCCCUCCAUGACGAAGACAGAGACACCACACAUCCGGGUAUAGUCUCUGAGCUUCUCAUCGGCUUCUUGCUCUCGAUUGGCAGACCCGCCUCGGUGCCCACCAUCACCAAAUGCACGCGUGACGACAUUCUCUGGAAGGACGCAUUAGCGCCAUGGCGCCGUUCUCCUAUCUGGAUGCUCGUUCGUGUCGCUUUGCAUCUCACCUGUGUACGGCGCUUGAACUCCACGACGCUGUACAAGGAAGCCAUGCUCACGAUCAUGGCGAAAAUCCUGGACGACGCCGCCGUAUUCAGCAUCCCCUCCGAUGUUCUUCAUUGCAUGAAAGCCAAACUUGCACGACGCCUUUUGAAGAUGGGCCCGCACAUUGGCGCGACGGUGUUCGCUCAGGUUCGAGUUAUCAUGGAACGAACGCAUGCGGUACUGGAGAGCCGCUGGAGGGAUAUCCAGGCAAACAACGCUCGCGACCUGGACAUCGGCCGACUGGCGGUGCUCGAUCUCAACAACGACGCCUGUCUCCAUCUUCCAGCACUUGAUGCCUACAUUGCAUCAUUCAACAACCGCAACACCAAUGCCGUCGAGUCUAACUUCACGCCCACCUCCGCAUUCGUAAAGUUUCCGGCCCAAACCCUUCCACGACUGACUUCACAAAUGUUCGCAAUCGCCUCCUAUGCUGUGCCCAACCUUGCAAGCUUCGAGCAGUGGGUGGCCUUGCACAGUCGCAACUGGGCCGUAGCGCACAUCGAUGAUUCCUCCAUGUGUCAGAGCCUUUCCGCUUUGAUAAAGGAUUAUCACAUCCAUGCACAGUCACACUAUGCCGGCAAUCCAGAGGCAAUUUCGACAAUGAUCCUGACCAUCUUCGAGCUAUGGAUAGCUUGCGAUGUGAUUGCCAUCGCCGGAUGCAACCUUUUGCAUCAGUACGAGUCGGGAGUUCCUAGCUCGCAGCUCCAGAAUCUACUGCUGCCGUUCAAGGAUCAGAUGGAUAAGCUGCGCGACGUGGAGCGCUACAUGUCAAAGCGCCAUGCUGAUGCCCGCUUUCCAUCCCGCAAGAUCUUUAUCGACAACAGCAGUUCGGACUCCUUCGCGGCGACUUUCUUCAACCAAUCCAAACCAAUGCAAGACGAGCUCAAGCGCAUUGAGGAGUGGGCCACCAAGGCGCGUCAAGAAAAGCUCUUGGAACUGAGGAAGUUGAAAGAAGAAUACGCACAUCUGCGAAAGCUGCAUGCCGAACUUUCGUGUGAUCAGAUCGUCGUCGUCACCGACAACAAUUACACGGAGAAGAAACAUUCGAGUACCUGCCGGAGAUGUGGCUUCCUGACUCAGGCCGAGAAGCUCACCAUCGAGAUUCAUGAAUGGCCACUGCCUGCAGCAAGAGAAAGAGCAAAGGUGGUGAUGUUUGAACUCAACGCGCCGGCUUGGUUUGAUUCGUGGCGAGACGCCACAUUCUUCUUGCUGCGAAUCGUGUUCCAGUCGCAGUACUUUGCUGUAUGCGGACCACGCGUGAGCUAUCCGCUGCCGGAUGAUCCUCAUCUGAAAGCCUUCGCUUCGUUGUCUUCUGGGCAUCGCAUUGGACUCCUCUCCCAGGACAAGCCACACAUCGUUACUCACCGGAGAAACAUACUCGUCUCAACGGCUACCGAACUCACCGUCUGCACGAAGAAUGGCCUGGAUUAUCGGUACUUCGACUUCGUUCAAAACUGCUUUGUGCAGGAGCUCACUCACAAUGACAACGCUCCUCAGCUGUGCACGUAUCAGCUCCCGACACGCUCUGCAGCUCUUCAGAAAUAUCUCUUUCGGCCUGCAUCAGCGCCCAGCGGCCCAACUCCAAACACGGUCAUCGCGGCGCAGUCAGAUCUCCCUCGGCACAUCACCCUGGAAGAAGGCAAGGACCUGUGCAUGCUUCUUCUGGGAUAUCGGAUCCAGUGGAUCAAUCUUCUCGCUCAACUCGAAGCACCUUCGGUCGAUUUUAAGAAGGAAGAGACGGCGCUUUUCGUCUUCCAAUGCCUCUAUCAGGCUGGACCUCCGGACAGUUCGAACUCCUUGCUUCGUGCGAGCCACAAGGCGAUCGAAAAUAUCCCAUACAUCUCUGGGAUGAUCGACAGCCUUCGACAGGCUCUGAAUCGAGUAAAAGAGAAUUGGGAGUCUGCUCAAGCUUUGGGUGUCUUUUCGGCAAUCGCCUGCCGUCUGCUGACCCUCACUCCGUCUCCGGAUAUCGCAAACCGAUGCAUCGAGUUUCUGGUCAUCGCUCGCGAUACAGCAUUGAGUUGGUUCAGAACUCUGCACAAUAAGUCCAACCGCAUGAAUGCGACCAAAGAAAACACGGAGCUUCAGUCCAAGAGGGUUGAGGUCGCGCUUGUCUGUGCUCUGUGCUUUGAUGUCGACGACGCACACCUCGUGAGACUGCUCAACGUUUCCAAUGGUGCCUCCAUUCUGAUUGAAUGUUCAAUUGCCAUACAUGGAGGAAGGAGCGCUCGCGCGGCAACAAACCAGUCAGCGUUCGACCUUCAGUCCAUGCGCUUGUCCAGGUUACUCCAUCGGGCAUACCCUCUGUUGAAGAGCAGGCACACAUCCGUUCAGCACGCCAUAGCACCUGUGCAUCGUCACGGGCGUCCUUGGAGCUCACUGGACGGCAGUGCAGACCAUUGGCUCUUCACCCAACCUGCGCCUGCCAGUCAUGGUAUACCUCAAGUCCACUACAACGUCCUGAGUGGAGAGCUUUUGGUGAAUGGACUUCCUCUGCACCGUCCGCCGGCCGAGUACGAGAAGCAUUUAAUGUGGCCUCAAAUAUUCGAGAGUGCCGUGGUGGAGGUGGGCCCAUCGAGCGUUCCUGGCAUGAAGUUUGCUGCCACAGUGCAGCACCACGGGUACGAUGUACACUUCGCACUCAGCCAUGUUGCUCAGUUCUCCGUGCUCUCCGUUCCCGAUCUGAUCGUUCGCGCCUCAAGGCGUUCGACAGACUACGAGUCAAUUCCAAGCCGACUCUUCCACGAAAAGCUACCAGCGACUUUUGCACACGACAUGAUUCAUUGGUACAACCACUCCAACCAGACCGUCGAAUUCCGUUCGCGCGAUCAUCCUUGGGACGAAGUCUCCGCCGAUUCAUGGGUUCUGACAAGAUGCACUUCCACCUCCACGUGGCGUCUCGUGAAGCAUGGGAAUUGCGUGGUCGGAAGUCAGAGCAAAACGGCCGUCGUGAUCAAUCACAUCCUCGACCCACUGACGAAGCCGGAGAAUAUCAUUGCUGUAGCGAUGGCUUCUGGAACCUGCAUUCAAGUGAAUGUUCCCAAGCUUCAGCUUGAGUUCUCGUUGAGCGCUGGAAAGGCACACCUUGAGUCUCGCCAGUUCCGCGGAAUGUACGUGGAUGAGGACCAAUCGCUUGGGACGUUGGUCGGUGUCCCGAAGCUGAUAUUAAGAGAUUCCGAUGGCCACCGGAUGGUCCUCGUACCGGAAGGUUCCGCGGGAGUUUUUCAGAUGGGAGAUCACGCUUUCGUGACAAUUGACAAGGACUCGAUUGUCAAAGUGCAUCCUUUGAGGGAAGACACGCUCUUGGGCAGACUGAUUGACAACGGUGGUCUUCAGGGCAAGCUAUACCUAACAUACUUGCAUGCCUUGUCAUCAUUCUGCCUCCCGGACCCUCUUCUGCGCAAGACUGGAACGGAACACUCUCUGGCUAUGCUCAGAUCUGCGGCAGUGCGAUCGUUCAGUCAGCUUUCGCAGACCAAUAUUGCCACUCUGGAGCGCAUCGCUGCUCUUACUCCGGAAAGAGUGUUCUACCCUUUGAACGAACAAGUCAUGCAGACCAUCAGCUGGCAGUUCGGAUUGAGUUUCAUGUCUCAACACGGCCAUUUUCGCGAGCUCGUCGCUGAGCUCUUCGAUGCAGCAGAGCAAUACCAAGUGCUCUUUGAAGAUGCGACAUUCCAUCGGCCCGAACUGAGAAGGUGCGAGAAGUCGUUGCUAGAGCGCGACCUUCUCCGCACAGCCACAUUCCGCGUUUCUGAGUUCGGCGCAGAACAGCAUUGCCCUGACUGGGACAAACCGUAUGCAGCUCGGGAUCACUUCGAAGCACCAACGAGACUGGUCAGGGCGUAUUCGAUGGCAAGCACGAUCUACCAAGACCUCGACACCUACCAUUGGCGUUUGCCAAAUCCGGGUUGCCUCUGGUGUUUGUAUUUAGCGAAGAGCCGCGUCCAUGGCCCGAAUACUGAGCUUUCUGCCUCUUUUCUCCAGUACACUGGAAGUACUGCCACGGCUGGCUUUGAUCUCGCCUAUCUGCUGCCUGUCCACAAAUUGUUCAAGAAGAAUGACGGAGACGAAAAGUUCGCCGUCAUGGCCUGGCUGUCGGCAGUGGUCGCCAAUGAGAAUGCCGACAUGCGAGUAGCUCAACUGCUGGCGCUUCUGGCCUCCGUGGAUGCUCUUCGCGACGUCGAAGUGCCCGAGAUAGAGUUCUGUUCUCCUCGAGAGGGACAUGAGGUCGACAAACGCGAAUUGGUCACUCUUCUGCGAUCACAUACUAAGAAGCUGAAAGAUUCGCCCGAGGCCAGAUUAACUCGGAAUGGGAGCGAGAAUCCGGGCCAAUUCCAGAGUCGUCAGCAGAAACAGUUCAACUUGAAUCAGCAGAAGGCCUUUGAGGCCGUGGCAAAUCACUACUGUCAGCUAUGGCCCCAAAAGAAACCAGCGCCAUUUGGUGAUGGAGCGUCGCCCGUCCGUGUGGCCGACUAUGUCCGGCUGAAACCCGCCGAACAGGCCAUACGAUCCAAAUUCGAGACCUGCUUUGCCAAUCUGCAACUCUUUCAGUACCUAAAGCGCAUCGAGCAGGUAAUAUCCGCGGUGGGCCUGAAAGAACUCAGCUCGCCCCAAACUAUCAUUUCGAACCCAACCAAGACCCUCUCGGCCCUGGGUCAUGUUGCUGCAGACGGUCUCUUCGCUGGCGCUGGUCCCGUGAGCGUGUCUCCGCCGGCCUCGCAGCAGAGCCUGCUUUGCGAUCAAACUCCCACAGACGUUGCUCCUGGCCUCGCCGACUUGAUCGAAACCUUAGAGUCGACUUCAUUGGGAUCUCGGUACGAGAAGUCGUAUUCUGAUGCGCUGCGCGACAGCCUCGUUUCACUUCAAACAACCACUGUGUCAUCCUCGAAACCCGCAAGCGAGUUCUCACUGGCAGAUCUACUUGCGCAGGAGCAAAGGUAUGCUCAGCAUGCGCAAUCGUUGCUGGGCAACAUCGAGACCGCACUGAAUAAUACCGCCAAUCCGACGUCACAGCUUCGAGGUUUGGAGGUGGCGCAUAUGGUUCAGCAAUGGCCAAGGGUGUCGCCAAUCUUUGUCCUCCAACAGCUUACUCUACCCAAGUGGGAUAAGCUGAGUUCCGAUUGGAAAGCUGGUCUGGUGCAAUACGGUCUAGCAUUGACUGCGUUGCAGCGGUCUCAGCGCAUGCUGGCGGCCUUCAGAGCAUCUCGAGGAGAUGAUCUGGCCAAAGAACGAGACAACACUGGGCAUACGAAUUGGGACCCCAUGGACCAUCCUGAAACCCUUCUCCUCGAGAUUGAAAGCUGCAUCAUCAUACGGCCAGUUCAAGAGCAGAUUGCGUCUCAGAUGGGGAGCACCGAAACAGGCCAGAAUCAGGUCAUGCAGCUGAACAUGGGUGAGGGCAAGUCAUCUGUCAUUGUUCCCAUUGUCGCUGCAGCGCUUGCGGAUUCAUCUCGGCUUGUCAGAGUAGUGGUCGCCAAACCACAGUCGAAGCAAAUGGCUCAGAUGCUCACUUCGAAACUCGGCGGACUUCUGAAUAGAAGGGUCUACUACAUGCCGUUCUCGCGGUCCUUGAAGCUGAACACGACCGCAGUCGAUAGCGUCGGCCGGCUCGUUCGCGAGUGCAUGGCGCACCGUGGCGUCUUGCUAGUGCAGCCCGAGCAUAUCCUGUCUUUUCAGCUGAUGGGCCUGGAAUGCUACAACAGUGGCAAGGAGGACAUUGGUCGCUCGCUAAUGCGCACCCAGAAUUUCUUCGACACCUCGUCUCGAGACAUAGUGGACGAAGCCGAUGAAAUCUUCGCUGUCAAAUUCGAACUCAUCUAUACCGUGGGACAUCAGGACCAGAUCACCUUCAGCCCUCAUCGAUGGCUCCUGAUUCAGCAGGUGUUGGACAUCGUCAGGCAGAUUGCCAACGAUAGCGCGCAGCUGUUGGGUUCUGCAGUCGAAGUGACUUCGGGUCCUUGCAGCAGCUUCCCAAGAACACGCCUGCUGAAGCCCGACGCAGAGGAGUUCUUCAUCCGGAGCAUCGCCAAAUAUAUCUGCCAACGUGGUCUGGACGGCUUUCCGAUUGCUCGCCAGUCCGACAAAGUCAGAAACGCCGUCUAUACCUACAUGAUCAAGACAGAUCUCAGCCCGGAGGAGAUAGCGGAAGUCGAGGGGAGUAGCACAGACGGAUUCUGGACUGAUUACACCAAGUCACCGCUGCUUUUGCUUCGCGGGCUUCUGGCUGGAGGUGUGCUUGCCUUCACCCUUAGUCAGAAACGCUGGAGGGUCAAUUACGGACUGGUCCCGGAUCGCAAGCCUCCAACCAAGCUGGCUGUUCCCUACCGGGCCAAAGACAGCCCAACACUACGCUCGGAAUUCAGUCAUCCAGACGUGGUGAUCGUGCUGACUUCCUUGUCUUACUACUACGGAGGACUUCAAGAUGGCGACCUGUUUCUGGCAUUCGAGCAUCUCAUGGACUCUGAUCAGGCCGACAUCGAGUAUGCUGCUUGGACAGCGGGAGUGUCAACCCUGCCAUCAGCGUUCCGUCAGCUUCAAGGCAUCAAUCUGAAGGACCGAUCGCAAUGCAUCAAGGAAGUGUUUCCGCACGUCCGCCACAGCAAAUCUGCUGUCGACUACUUCCUCGCUACUUUCGUCUUUCCCAGGGAGAUGAAGGAAUUCCCACACAAGCUUUCCGCUUCUGGGUGGGAUCUUGGGAAGACCAAGCGACAGAAGACAACAGGUUUCAGCGGUACCAUCGACUCGCGAGAACUUCUUCCACUUGAUGUCAAACACCUCGAUCUCCCGCAACAGAAACAUACCAAUGCUCUGGUCUUGAAUCAUCUCUUGCAAAAGGACAACUCCGUGGUCUUGAUACCGCAGACCGUCUCCUCGACAAUGAGUGACGCUGAGUGCUUGCUCCAGCAAGUCAAGACUCUCGAUCCGCCCUGCCAGGUCAUCCUAGACGUUGGAGCACUGAUUCUGGAACUUACAAAUGAACAAGUCGCCCAGAAGUGGCUGGAGAUGCACUCAAGCAACGGCUAUCAGGCCGCGGUGUUUGUGAGUGAUGAGGACGUGGUCUCAGUCCUUGAUCGAACGGGGUGCGUGGAGCCUCUGCAGACCUCGCCGUUUCUGUACCAGCUCGACGUCUGCUUUGUUUUCCUUGACGAAGCGCACACUCGCGGCAUCGAUCUGAAGCUCCCGGCUCAUUACCGAGCAGCCGUCACUUUGGGUGCCAACCUGACAAAAGACCGACUGGUGCAAGCGUGCAUGCGGAUGAGAAAGCUCGGCCAGGGACAAACAGUCACUUUCCUCGUUCCGGACGAGAUUAAGAAUAAGAUCCAUGCAUGCACUCGAAAGGAGUCUGGAGCCGACAUCCAGUUGCAGGACGUUCUACUGUGGUCGAUACGCGAGACGUUCCUCGAAACCGGACGGGCCAUGCCUUUGUGGGACAUGCAAGGCCAGCGUUUCGCACACCAAGAAGAGCUUUGGAAGGGGGCCCAUUGGCUCGACAUGAUCGCAAUGAUACCUGCGCAGGCCAAGAAAUUUCUGGAGAUUGAAGCGCAGACGUUGGAGCAACGAUACUCACCACAUGCCCCAGCAACAACCCAGAUCUCGUCGCAGAAUUCACCUGCUGUCAAGCGAAUCAAGGAGAUCAAGCAGCGGUGUCUGGAGUUUGAGCAUUUGCAGUUCGGCGCGCGGACUUUGCAAGAAGAGCAAGAGCGAGAGCUCUGUCCCAAGAUGGAGAUCGAAUCGCAAAUCGAGCGGCCGGACCCAGCAGAGGCAGCUCCGCACAUCCUCCACCCGGACGUCAAGAAGUUCGUCAACUGGGGCGUCAUGGAACAUAUGUCGACGGGAUACAUGCCAGCUUUCUACAGCCUCCGUGACACCAUAGCAGCGAACGGAUUCGACGUGAGCCAGCUCUCGGGAGGCGGAUCGUUGCUGGUAACGGCCGACUUCGCCCGCACGAUAAAGUCUUCGGCCAACGCGUACAAGUCGGAUCACUACCAGCGACCUGUGCAAUGGAUCCUGACCAGUCGCCCCGGCGAGAGCGACAUCGUGGCAAGGAUGAUGAUCAUCAGCCCUUGGGAGGCUCAGCAAUUGCUUCCCGACCUUGCAAGCGCUCGCAAUGUGGCUCUCCAUCUGUACCGGCCACGAGUCAAUCUCAGCUACAGAUCCUUCGAUCGCUUGGACUUUUUCACCAUCCCAGAGCAGCAAACAGAUCUCAUCGUACGACCAUCACUAGCCAUGCAGCUCGAUUUGUUCGCCGGACAACUCUACCUAUCAUCCUACGACGACUAUCUGAAGGCCUGCCAAUUCCUCAACCUCGCAUCGAGUCCUCGGAAGGAAGGCGAGAUUGUCAGCGCGGAUGGAUUCAUCGUCAGCGGCCAUUCGGGCAAGCUACGCACGAGCCCUGUCAAGUUUCUACAUGAGUUCAUGUCCAAGAUCCGCAGGAACGGGCAAGGCAUCGGCAAGACGGACAUGGGUGGUAUGCUAGGGGGGAGCAUCCUGGAGAGCAAGCGCUUCGACAGAUAGAGGAUGAGGGGAGCAGAAUGUGACAUGAAUGAGAGAGAGAUUCGACGCGGAUAUGUGACAGGGAGUCACUGCAGAUUGUGAAGAAUGGAAGGAGACAGUUUUCCGCUAGCGAGAUAGUUUGUACUCAAUGCGCUCGUAGC